AUGUCAGGUCCUGGCCAGAAUACUGUCGAUAUCGACGCUCUCCUCGAUCUUACCGAGUACGAUAAUUUCCAAUCUCCUGCUACUACAGUAUCACCAUCAGGAACAUCAAAGGCUACAUUCGCCAGCCCUAUCACAGCUGCUGUCGCUGCUCCCGCCACCACAACUGCCCAAAGCCUGAGCGGUCCCAGUCACAACUAUGACAUGUACCGACAACAGACUGGCUUUGUGCCCGGUGCCAUCGCCAACACAAUGGCCGUUAACCAGACAAACAACACUGGCUACCAAGACUUCCGCAGCAUCGACUACCUAACCACCUUCAGCCCCGAGGCUGAUCUGUUUGAUUUCAACACAUCUCCUUCGCAGGCUACUUUGGGUGCUUCGGAUAUGGAUAUGGAUUUCGAGUCGCAGACCGAGACACAACAGUUUUUCACUGUCGACCCUAGUAGCAUUGAGCAAGAGAACGCUGGUCUUCCCUCACCACCCGUUUUGCCUACACAGAACAAUGGCCGUCUCUGGCCUGGUGCUCACUCCCAAGCCGCUCUUGCCAAGGCUCAGCAACAACAGCGACAACAGCAGCAGAUCAUUCAGCAACAACAACAGGCUCAGCGCCAGGCAUCGCAGCCCAAGUCUCGUGGCAAGGCCCCUCAGCCUACCGACCCCAUCGUUGAGCAGAAGAUUACUCAGCUCCUGAACUCUAUGCGAGCCAAGCCCUCGAUGCCCGAGAGCCAGGCUACCAGCCCCAUGGCCAACCUUCCCCGAUCCAAGAAGGACGAAGAGGAAAUGGAUGAGGAUGAGCGCCUCCUGGCUAGUGAGGAGGGCAAGAAGCUCAGCAGCAAGGAGCGACGACAGCUUCGUAACAAGGUGUCCGCUCGUGCUUUCCGUUCCCGCAGAAAGGAAUAUAUCACUCAGCUUGAGACUGAGAUUGCCAAUAAGGUCAGCGAGAACGGCGACCUCCGCGCUCAGAACCGUGCUCUCGUCGACGAGAACAAGCGUCUGACUGACCUCACCCGCAUGCUUCUCUCUUCGCCUUCCUUCUCCAACUUCCUGGACAACCUCAGCAGCAACCCUACCACUGUUCAGCAGACUCCUCAACUCAAGGUCGAGCCUCAACCGGAACAGCGACAGGUGCCUAAGGACAUCAACCCCUACAAUGCCCAGCAGUCUUCUCAGCACCAGAUUGGCAUGGCCAUGAUCCCUGAGCAGAACAUGGACUUCUCCAUGCUCACUCUUGAUGGCUCUUUCAACUUCCAGCCUCAAGUCUUUGUUGUUGACACUCCUGAGCUUCCUGAUGCUAUUGACGCUUCUGUUCUCUCUGGCAAGACCUCCAACUUCGCUGAGCCCAUCUUCGACUCUGAGGAGGAGAAGCUCGAGGUGCCCGCCAUUGAGCGCCCUGUUGAGAAGCCCGAGGUUGCUGAGCCCGUUGACGCCGCCCCUAUUGAUCUUGAGUUCGAAUCUGACCCUGAAUUCGCCCUGUUCCACACUGAGACCGCUACCACCACCACCGAGCAACCCAAGGAGUUUGACUCUGAGGGUCUAUCGCAUGUUGACAUCUUUGGCGGUGUUGAGUCCGAAAAGGUGCUUGCCCGUCUUGAACUUAUCGAUGCCGGUGAGGAAGAGAGUCUCGCUGCUUUGGCCAUGGCUCGUGUGCAACGUAUCAGCGCCAGCUGUGACGCUGUUACGUCAAGGUUAGAGCUUCUUACCAUGGACCUGUAA